UAGCCGCACUUCCGGGUUUCCACCAAAAUUUGUGUCAAAUUGCUGCGGCUUGUAUUCGUGAAAUUACUGUAGGUAUGGAUUUAUUCAGUGCUGAGGUGCAUGGGGGAUAGCUCCUCCAAAAACAUGCACACCUUUGGUGACCUGCGCCUCUCCUUUUAUUCUCUACAAACUAGGAAUACACAAUUCACCUAAUACAUGUUUAUUGCCUCUCCCCGCUUCAUAUGGAAAUCACUUUCACGCCUCUUUUCGACUGCGCAUUGCUCCUUUUAGGUUGCUCUGGCAGACGUCUGGGGGUCUUUAGGAUGAAGUAAAUAGUUUUCCUCUCAGUUUGAACUUUUCACCUUGCCUCCUUGCCUAUGCUCUCUUUUUAGUCCUUCGUUCAUGUUCCGGAGUUUGAUAUCAGUUUUCCUGGUCUCAGGAGUCUGAGGACCCCCUUAUCCUGUGGUGUCUUUGUCCUUGCAUCCUGUUUGAACAUUCCAGCCCUUGACCCAACCUUGUAGCCUUGCUCUCCUCCUGUUCUUGUAAGCACCUUAAAUUAUAGCAAACAAUACAGUUUUCUCAGUCCCCUUUUUAGUCAAAGCAUUUCUUGAUGCUUGAUUCUUAAUUCUCAAUUUCUCUAUUUCAUUAGUAUCUGUAAAAUGCUAAUUGCAUUUAAGCAAAAGGGGGCACAUGAGAGCAGGCAGUGAGUGACAGCAAAAUCUAAGCCCCAUUUCUUUACAAAAUCAGCCAGAGAAGAGAAGGGCAUAAAAGCUGAAAUUUUUCAGGGCAGCAUGGCUGUGGCAGGAGGCCUCUCAGUGGCCAGGCUGCUGUGGUCCCUUUGGCACUGGCUGAGGUGUAUCCAUUCCAUAGAAUCACAUAAUCCAUCAGUUUGGAAAAGUCCUCUGAGAUUAUCGAGUCCAACCUAUGACCGAAUACUACCAUGAAAAGUAGCCCAUGGCACUGAGUGCCACAUCCAGUCUUUCCUUACACACCUCCAAGGAUGGAAACUCCACCACCUCCCUGGGCAGUCCAUUGCAAUGUCUACAUUUCCAUUCAUCUCUCCCUGACCAGUUUACUAAUCAAUUUAAAGUGGAGACAGCAGUCGGCUGUUGACCGAGGAGACAACACGGGACGCAGUACAGCAGCCGCCCCAUCUUUCUUGCACCUCGCCCACAGCGGCGGCCGCUGAGGGAAGGGGAGAAAGAACUACAUCUCCCAGCAUGCCGCGCGGCAGCACGGCCCGGCCGAGGUCCGCCCUGCCCCGCCCUGCAUUCUGGGAGCUGUAGUCUCGCCGGAAGUCAGGCAGGGGAGGGCGGGUGUUGCGUCUCUGCUACAGCGAGCCCGUGCCGCUUCCCCGGAGCUCUGAGCGGGGGUGGUUUUGGACAGCUCGUUCCCUCCUCCAGGCUGCCUGGCACAUCUCGCACCGGGAAGGGGACGUCUGGCUUUCGGCGUCCUGACGAAGCCUAGCUAGGGGAGCACUCUGCCGCUUCAGAAAGUUGGAGGAGAAGGAGGGAGAGGAGGAGGAGAAGGAGAAGGUCUGCAAGGCGAUGUAGCCCAGAACGUGGAACGACAGCCCAUGGAAGGCAAUUCAUCUCCUCACCGCCCUGAUCCUGGAGCAUGGGCUAAAAACUAUGUUCGUCUCUCGCAUGGAAAGUCAUUGUUUCCUGCUGUUUGUAUUUGUCUUCCAAGCAAUAUUUGUCCUGAUCCUCUACCGAGGUGGACCUUCGAAUGUGUUUCGCGGGUUUUUAGAGUCGCCUCGGGUGGCGGAUUACUCGAAGCCCCAUGAUGUGUACACAAACCUCAGCUUGUUCACCCGAGUUCCCGAUGAGGACACGAUGCAGUACUGCUCAGCGCAGUCCCCAGUCCUGGUUGGUCCAUUAACCAUCACCUUCAGGGUGCUCCCUAGUGAAAGGAUGAUCAUGGAAAGAAAUCCUUUUGUUCAGUCUGGUGGCCACUACAAGCCACCUCACUGCUUUGCUCGCUACAAAUCUGCCAUCCUUGUGGUCUACAGGAACCAGGAGAAGUACCUUCAUCAUCUUCUCUACUAUAUCCAUCCUUUCCUGCAGCGCCAGCAGCUCAGUUACACUAUCUACCUGAUUCAGCAGGUGGGGACUGGCUCAUUUAACCGAGCAAAGCUGCUUAAUGUUGGUGUCCGGGAAGCCAUGAAGGAUGAAGAGUGGGACUGCCUUGUCCUACAUAAUAUUAACCUGGUGCCUGAAAAUGAUUAUAACCUCUACAUUUGUGAUGAAUAUUAUCCCAAGCACAUGGCCAGUGCCAUGGAUAAGUUUCAGUACACUCUGCCAUACAAGUCCUUUUUUGGGGGCGUCUCUGCUCUGACUCCAGAACAUUACAUGAAGAUUAAUGGGUUUCCCAACACGUACUGGGGCGAUGGUGGUGAAAAUGAUGACAUUGCUACAAGGAUUCACUUAGCAGGAAUGAAAAUAGUCCGGACAUCACCUCACCUUGGACGCUACCAAGUGAUAGACUACAAUGAAGAGACAGAGAUCCAAGAGCCUUGGAGAAGGUAUUCUUCCUCCCUCAGGCCUCCUUCCCGACACAAGACCAGAAAAACAUGGAAAACUGAUGGAAUGAAUACAUUACAGUUCAGGCUCCUUUCCAGGACUAAGCACCCUCUUUAUACCAAGAUCACUGUGGACAUUGGCUAUGUCCCCCCAUUUUCUUAAGAGACUGACAACAAAAGCAGAGGCUGGGUGCCACAUAGGCAAUCAGUCAAAAACUCCCACCUUCCUGUGGAGUGCCCCACCUGAGAUUAACCCUUUUGCCUUUUACUUUUCUUCAGACUGUUUCAAAUUUAGAACAGGCUCCAGAAACAGGGUAUGAGAGCCACUCAACAGUCUAUGGCUUAUCAUAAAAAUUGUCCAAAUUACUGUAAAACUGACUCCUGAGCUAUCUCUCUGUAACAGUAAACUGAUCCAAGUUUUCUGGAACCUUUGUGUCCUUUGUAGCUGGAUAGCUCUGUCCUGCUUUAUAUUUAAGUGUUAAUUGGGAUGCAAGCUAUUCUGUUGGAUUGGCCUCUGACAUGUUGGAUUCUGAGAAGGUGUUGAAGCCAGUUACAGUUCUAUAAAUACCUUUUGUGAAUUUGAGUAAAAUAGAGUUAUGUGUUUGGCUUAAGAGUACUGAAUAAGAGUGUAAUAAAAGAGAAAGUUGCCCUGAAACCAGACAAACCAGA